AUGGCCGAACCUCCAGCAAGUUGGGAUCAACAAGACGAUGACAGUUCAACUCUGCCAUCACUCGCUUCAAAAUUGGGUGGCUUAAAUGUAAAUGCCAUGGAAUUUGUACCGUCAUUUGGUUUCAAGCCAACACCUGCCCCUCAACCUACAGUUCCGAAGACUCCACCAUCGACACCGGUUGUAUCUCAACAUACGACGACGACGACUACUACUGAAGAUAAAAAUAAACAAGCUGAACCGGUCAUCAAAGCAGAUGAAUUAAAUAUUCAACAACAAGUAAAACCAGCAGUAACAACUGUCGCUGAAACAUACCUUGAUGAUAUUUCGAAGAACGAAAUUGAAAGAGUACUCGAUGAUACAGCGAAAAACGCAGCAGCAGCCAACAAAACCGGUACACCAACGAGUUCAGCAGUUCCAAAAGAGAAGAAAAAUGUUGUUGUUAAACGAGAUAUCGUGCGAAAGAAAGAACCGCUUAACAUUAUUUUCUGUGGCCAUGUCGAUGCUGGAAAGUCAACUAUUGGCGGCCAGCUUAUGUACUUGACAGGACAAGUUGAUCAACGAACUCUAGACAAAUAUCAAGCUGAAGCUCGUGAAAAGUCUCGUGAAUCUUGGUAUUUAUCAUGGGCAUUGGACACGAAUGAUGAAGAAAGGGACAAAGGAAAAACUGUCGAAGUCGGUCGAGCUUGGUUCGAAACUGAAAAGAAACAUUUCAUUAUUCUCGAUGCACCUGGUCACAAAUGUUUUGUACCAAACAUGAUUGGAGGAGCAUCUCAAGCUGAUAUUGCCAUCCUUGUCAUUUCAGCACGAAAAGGUGAAUUUGAAACUGGUUUCGACCGUGGUGGACAAACUCGUGAACAUGCCAUGUUAGUCAAAACAGCUGGCGUUCGUUACUUAGUUGUUCUCAUUAACAAAAUGGAUGAUUCAACUGUCAAUUGGGAUCAAGCGAGAUAUGAUGAAAUCAAAGACAAACUAACACCCUAUUUGAAGAAAUGUGGAUUCAAGCCUGGCGAAGAUACCAUCUUUAUGCCUUGCAGUGGAAUGAGUGGAGCCUUUCUUAAAGAACAUCCGGGUGAACAAAUUGUAUCUUGGUACAAAGGACCAACAUUUAUUGAAUAUCUGGAUGGAUUGCCAUCAUUUAAUCGAAGCAUUGAUGGUCCACUUCGUAUGCCUAUUGUCGAAAGAUAUAAGGAAAUGGGUGUCAUUGUUAUGGGCAAAAUUGAAUCUGGAUGCUGUCGAGUGGGCGAUAAAUGUGUCCUCAUGCCCAAUCGUACUAAAGUCGAAGUGACAAAUAUUUACUACGAAGAAAUAGAAACCGAUUCGUGUGUUUGUGGUGAAAAUGUUCGAUUGAAACUAAAGAAUGUUGAAGAAGAAGAAAUUUCACCUGGAUUUAUCUUGUGUGAUGCCGAACAAGAACCAUGUGGUGUUGGAAAAAUAUUCGAUGCACAAGUUGCGAUUAUUGAACACAAAUCAAUCAUAUGUCCUGGCUAUUCUGCUAUUCUUCAUGUUCAUGCUGCAGCUGUUGAAGUUCAGUUGAAAAAACUCAUCACAUUAGUCGAUCGAAAAACAGGCGAAAGAACUCAAGAGCAUCCUCGUUUCGUUAAACAGGAUCAAGUUGCCAUUGCAAGAUUUGAGUUAGCUCAAGCAGGCCAAGCAAUUUGCAUGGAAACAUUCAAACGGUUCCCUCAACUUGGUCGAUUCACCCUACGAGACGAAGGGCGAACUGUAGCGGUCGGCAAAGUUCUCAAAAUAAUCGAAUUUUGUCCUCUGUUUCUCAUGUUAUUUUCACGUUUACUAGUUCCACGAAUAAAACUGAAUGUUGCUUGUCGACCGAAGUCCAUAGAGAGAAAUCUAGUUGAUGAGUUGAAUCAAAUCAAAUCCAAAGAUCUUGCGAAAAUACUCAAUGAACAGCAAGCAAAAGAUUUUCUGCAGCUGAGACGAUCGCUAGUUGAUAAAUUCUUUGGUUAUUUGUGUUCUUUGAAAGAUCGCAGCGAAAAUCAACAACAUCGAGUUCAUGUUGAACCUCGUCUGACGACACAACUGACUGCUGACAUUGAAAGCGUCUGUAGUGUUGACUUCACUUCGUCAUAUAUCAAUUGGACAAUUGUCAGUACAGGAAGACAAGAUAAGAAUAGUUUUGCGAUCAAACAGAUGAGUUCAAUAGAGGUUGAUCUGUAUGGAAAGUACAAUUUCAUCAAAACAUUCAAUAAAGUUGAUUACUUAUUAGAGCUGUUUUUAUUUCAGCUAUCCGAAAGCCAUAAAAAUCCAGGAAAUCCAUGUUUCGGUUCCGACGAGAUCCGACGUGGGAUCCGAUCGGAUCCGAGACCGUCGGAAUCCAAUGCGAUUCCGUCACCAGGAUUGCAUCGGAUCCGUCGAAUUCCUGUAGGAUCCGGUAAAAUUCAGUAUUGGAUCCGAUGGGAUUCGAUGGGAUCCGGUGGGAUCCGAGUAUGGGAUUGUUCGACCUGGGGAUGUGACGAGCCAUCAUUCGGUUCUUUCUUGCCGCUACGUGAUUGA